GCACGCCACCGCCUCCUCCAGCCCACACAACCUAUACAUAACUGCGGCCGCCCAUGAGAGUAUCCAUCCAUUCUUUCUACCGAGUUCUCAUCACAGAUCAACGGCACAACAGAGCAUCGAUCGAAUUACGGAUCACAGCGGAUCAUCAAGACAAGCAGCAAAUCCAUGGGAGUGGGGAUGAAGCGCGCGAGGGAGGAGGAGCCAGUUGUGUCUCUGGCGCUGUCGCUCAGCACGGACUCUCCGACGACGUCCAGCACGACGUCGGACAACUCGACCGGUGUCCCGGCGGCGGCCGCCAGGAAGAGGACGCGGCGGGGGAGAGUUGUGUCCACGUCUGGGGAAGGGGAGUUCGUCUGCAAGACUUGCGGCCGGGCCUUCGAGACGUUCCAGGCGCUGGGCGAGCACCGGACCAGCCAUCUGCGCGGCCGCCACGGGCUGGAGCUCGGUGUCGGCGUCGCCAGGGCCAUCAAGGAGCGGAAGCGGCAGGAGGACCAGCAGCACGACUACCACAUCUGCGGCCUCGGCUUCGAGACGGGCCAGGCGCUCGGCGGCCACAUGCGCCGGCACCGCGAGGAGAUGGCGGUCCGCAGCGGCAGCGCCAUCGACCGGUGGGUCGCGCUGACGGAUCAGGAGGCUAGGCACCAGGACGGCGCCGACCGGCCUCCCGUCUUGCUGGAGCUGUUCGUCUAGUUAGCUAGCUCGAUCUCUCUGCUUGCUAAUUCAGGACUUGUACAGAUCUUCAGAAUGAUAUGUUAGGUUAGUUGUGUCUUCAGAAUGAGAUAGCUUAAUUGUCCGAUCGACUGGGGAGUAUAGUAUAUAUUUUUGCGGGGCCAUCUUGUAUAUGAUCACAGUUCACAAGUCCAAUUCAGAGCCUAAAUUUGUACUCCAAAUUCUGCAAUAUAAAGCUGCCUUUACAACUUAA